UAUUGAUCCCCAAAUCAUCCCUAAAUCUCAUCACAGUUCAGCAAUGGCUUCAGCAUUUCUGCGAAAUUCGAGCCUCCGUCAAAUCUGCUACUCCUUCAAUUCUCGAUUUAUCUCCUCCAGAUUUCACUCUCUUCCUGAUAAAUCUCUGCAGAAUACGCCUCCUUCCACCAGUCCGUACGAACUGCUGCGUGCAUUUUCCGCCAACAGUCGAUUUUUGUGCACGAACGCCCCCAAUCCAGGAGUUGCUCAAUCGCCGGGAUCGAAUGUCAAUGCUGCGGUGCAGCCUGCUGCCUCGGCUCAGGGCGGUUCCGAAAAUAAGAAUGAUGGAGGGCAGAGUUCAGGUGGAUCGGAAAACACUCAGCAGGAAGGGAAGUCUGUCCGAGGAGGGCCUGUUUCAUGGAUGAGUUUCUUUUUGCUUUUCUGUACUGGAGUGGGAUUGGUGUACUACUACGACAGGGAAAAGAAACGACAUAUUGAAGGCUUAAAUAAGGCUUCGACCGCAGUAAAACAGGGACCUUCAGUAGGGAAAGCAGCUAUCGGAGGCCCAUUUAACCUCAUUGACCAUAACGGCAAAGCGGUCACUGAGAAGGAUUUUUUGGGAAAGUGGAACUUGUUUUAUUUUGGAUUCACUCAUUGUCCUGAUAUAUGCCCAGAUGAGCUAAUAAAGCUGGCUUCUGCAAUUGAUAAAAUAAAGGCAAAAUCUGGAUUGGAAGUAGUGCCAGUGUUCAUAUCAGUUGAUCCAGAAAGGGAUACUGUUGAACAAGUACGCGAGUAUGUCAAAGAAUUCCACCCGAAGUUGAUUGGCCUCACCGGUUCACCAGAAGAGGUCAAGAAGACUGCACGUGCUUAUCGAGUGUACUAUAUGAAGACUGAAGAAGAAGGAUCAGACUAUCUAGUUGACCACUCUAUAGUCAUGUAUCUGAUGGACCCAAAUAUGGAAUUUGUGAAGUUCUUUGGGAAGAACUUUGACGACGCCUCACUUGCUGAUGGAGUUAUUCAGGAGAUAAAGCAACACAAGAAAGUUAAAGCAUAGAAGCAUGGUCGCAACUUUCAGCCACAAAAGUAGUAUCUUGAGACAUUCUGUGAUAGUCUGACAAUUUUGAGGAAUAAAUUGGAUAGUAUGAAUUUAUAAUGGAUGGCAACAUCUAGCUGAAGAAUGAGUUGUUUCUUCAAUAGGAUUGAUAAAUCUAACAUUUGUUUCAGUAAAGCUUCUCAUUGUACUCGAAUUAUUUUUCCAUUA